AUGGAGGAUGAAAACAAAGUUAAAUUCACUGCUCAAGAUUUAUAUGAUAAAAAAGCUGACAAAACAUAUGUUAACGAUGAGUUAGAUAAAAAAGCUGACAAAACAUAUGUUAACGAUGAGUUAGAUAAAAAAGCUGACAAAACAGAGCUUCAAACGUUAAAGACAGAAAUACUUCAAACACUAUAUCCUAUAGGCUCUAUUUAUACGUCAAUGAACUCUACCAGACCAGAAGUAGUACUUGGUUUUGGAACUUGGACUCAAAUAGUCGACAGGUUUUUGUAUUGUGCAAACUCUUCAAAGGAAACAGGUGGAAGUAAAACGAUUUCAGGUGCAAAUUUACCUGCGCACAGUCACUACAUAAAUUUAAGUACAUCUGAAGCAGGUUUGCAUAGUCAUAGAUUUUGGGAUUGGUCAGGAAUGACAAAAGGUAAAGGAUAUGAUGUUAAAGAGGACGUUAAGUUUGCUAUAAAUUGUUACUGGAGUAACACUGAGGUAGGAGGAAGCCAUACACAUCGCGUUUCAGGGUAUACGCAAACAACGGGACAGAGUAAAGACUACAUGCCACCUUACAUGACAGUUUACGCAUGGUAUAGAAAUGCUUAG